GUUAUUUCACACAAUUGACAUUCGACAAACUCAUCUUUAAAAACUUACAGUGAUUGUCGCCAUCAAAUCUAUAUAUUUUGACAUCUCAUGAAGUGAAAUCGUCCAAUAAGUAUGAUAAUUUGUUGGUUUUGUAUUCUUGGUUUGAUUUUCGACUUGACUGAAUUCGCUUCUAGUGAUCUACCUAAUGUUCCGUCAACCAUAGUGAUAAAACCACCAUCAUCAACAUCAUCAUCAGUAUCGAAACCAAGUCUGACAAUUUACUAUGACGCGAUGGAAGAAAAUUCGCAAGUGUUUUUCAACACAACUUUGGUAAAAGAAUUCAGCUGCUUUUCAACAUACAUUGAUGUCAGUUUUAUCCCAUGUCAGCAAGCUACGGAUCAGAAUGGUGAACUGACUUGUCCUGCAAAAGCUGAUCCUUUAUGCAAUUUAGAUAAAAUACAAUCAUGCGCCAUUGCCCAAACAACGGAUAAGACACAACUGGUCAAUUUUCUGGCUUGUUCAAUGAGCAGUGUGAAAAAACUUCCUGAUUUCUUGACGUGCGCUAUUCAAAGUAAAAUUGAUGACAAGCAGCUUCAAUCGUGUGCCAGUUCAGAUACUGGAAAGACUCUGUGCAAAAAUAAUAGUGCGCAGAAAAUGCCUAAUUGCAAUACAAUGCCAGGAUUUAUAUUCAAAAAUCCGAAUGAUAUUCAAGCCACCGAUCCUUUCGAACAUUUGGAUAAUUAUAUAAACGACGUUUGCGUGACUGAUUUCAAGUCAGCAGUUUGUGCUCAGCUAAUGGCUACUUCAACAACAUCUGUACCUCAAGAAUGUAAUCAGAAACUUGUCAUUGGAAUUUUUUACAAAGCUAUGGAUGAAAAAUCGCAAAAAUGGUUUCAAACGUUUGCCAAAGUAUAUGAAAGUUUCAGCAAUUGUUUGACAAUAAAAUACGAACCUUGUAUGUUUGCUGAGCUUCCUGAUGGCGGGGAUUUAGACUGUAAAGAUCCAACAGAUACUGGCUGCACUGCUGCCAAAACACACGCCUGCGCUGUAUCUCAAAUAACUGACCCCAAGGCUCUUUACCAGUUUUUAAGUUGUGCGAUGAAAGAUGCUACAAAAGUACCAGAUUUUGAAAAAUGCGCUACCGACAGUAAUAUUCCAUAUGAACCGAUUAAAACAUGUGCUAGCAGUGAUACGGGUAAACAACUAUGCUAUGAUUACAGUAAAACACGACCAAAAUCCGAUGAAAUUCCAUCCUUCAGCUAUGAACUAACCUUUGAUGAUACAACCAGCAAGGAGACUGCAACUGCAACAAACUUGCAAACUACCUUCUGUCAACAAAUGAAAAAGUACAGUAUUAUCUGUGCUAAUUGCACUUGUAACACACCAACUCCACCUCCCUACGACGAUGAAUCUGACGAGAGCAAAGAUGAUGGCGUGUAUGAAUAAUGAUCCCUGCUAUUUAAAAGAAAAUGAAUAACAGAACCUGACUUCGAAAAUUUUUGUAUUAAAGGAAUGUUUUUCAUACGA